AUGUACGCCGAAGGUCGCAAGAUCGUGGUGCUGCUCGACAACGCGAGUAGCCACAUGCUCCGCUCUCAGCUCGCAUGGAGCGAGAUCGUCUGCGGGAUGCGGACGACUUGCAUGAGCAACGUGCGGCUCGUCUUCCUGCCGCCGAAUACCACCGCAUUCACACAGCCGCUCGAUCAGGGCAUCAUAGCCACCGCAAAGGCUUGCUACCGACAGCAUUGGCUGCGGGCCUUCUCGGCUUUGUGGAACGGCGACGGCGCGACUUCCGCCGUCGCGCGUUUCCGCCCGAACCUGCGCGAUGUCCUCGCGUGGCUGUCGGACGCGUGGAUGUCCGUCGGCGCGCGCACCAUUCAACGGUGCUGGUGGCGCACGGGGUGUCUGCCGCUCUCGUGGUCCCUGGAGCUGACGCAUGUACACGACGAUGAGCCCACCCCCGCCGUCUACCCCGACUUUGAGCUCGACGACGACAUCGACGAAGUCGGAACGCUCAUUAGCGGGCUCGCCCUCGGGAAUGCGGCAACGACGGUCGCAGAGUACGUCGCCAUCGACGACGGCAAGCCAACGUGCGUCGAGGGCGUUGCGGGACAGCCCACGACUGAGCCGGAGGCGGGCCUGGACGUCGAGCUCUGGGAGGCGCCGACGACUAUGCAAGCCGUCCACGACGACGCCGACCCCGUGUGCCGCGAAGCGCGGCGCACUGCCCGGGUGGCAUGCGAGAUGCUCAUCGGAUAUGCACGGGCCACCCACAUCACGCCGCGCGAUCUGUGCCAUCUGUUCGAUAUCCGCAACCCCAUCAUAAUCGCGCGGAUGGAGCGGGCGAGCCCGUCGUUCAACCUCAACGUGGCGCCUCAGCCCGUACCCUCCCCGGGCGCAACUCCUACGCCCGAGACCCCUCGUCCCCGCGGCCGUGUGCUGCCCGGCUGGAUGACCCGUCCGUCUCGCCGUCAGGAGCUGCUUGACGCCGGUGUGGGCGCCGUGAUGAACGGGUAUGUGGACGCGGCUGAAUGGAUGCGUCUGGGCCAGGUGGAGGAUGUUGAUUGGAAGGUGUUUGUGUUUUGA